UUUCUAUCAUGAAUUUUUGUGAAUUCAUAUAAAUCACAGUAGAGGGUGAAGAUAAAUUAGAGGAAAUUCGAAUUGCAUUAGCAAGAUUAGAAAUGUUUGAACUUAACACAGGUAUCUAUUCUCCAUGUUAUAGUGAGUGUAUAAAAGACUUGAUUAGCCCAGAUAGAAUGCAAUGAAAGAAGAAUCUAUCCUAGAAUUUCUGGAUGAUAACAAUCUUCAAGUGACCUAGGAAGAAUUAAACUACAUAUUUAGAGUCUUGGAUGUUGAUAGGGACAACUUGAUAACUUUAGCAGAGUACUUUUUAUAUACAAUAUUUCAAAGUUUCCAAUAAGCGAUCUUACCUAAAACUAAUGACUAAGUAAAAGACUAAGCUCUUAACCACAAAUCCUAUGAAAUGCCUUAAAGCAUGCUAUUACCAAAAGAAGUUGAAGCUACAUUAACAGCAUUCUUUGAACAAUUAAAAACAAAUUAUAAGUAAGAAAUGUGAUCAUUUUAGUCAAUACUCUAAUAUUUAAGAACCAAUUAACCUUAACGAAUUAGCAAUAUUCGAGAGUGAAAAUUUGAUCACAUUGGAUUCCCUUAAAAAUUGGCUAUAAAGUAUAAAUUAGGAGAUUGAGGAUUAAAUUCUAGAAAAAUUCCUUAUCAUUAUAGAUAGUAAUCCAAACAACCUACAAAAUCUAAUUGAUUAGAUCUUUUAUUAAAUAGAAUAGCAAGAUGAUUAGCAAAACGAAGCUCCAUAAUAAGAAUAAGAAUAACCUAAAUAAAAUUAAAUUGAAGUUUAAGAUAUUAAUUAUUCUCAACCUGAUUUAUAGAAGAGUGAUGCACUCUAAGAAUCAUUUAAUCCUAAUUAAACAUAAAAAUAGCACCCAAAUCAAGAAUAAAGUGAAUAAAAGAAAGAUGAAAAAUAAGAUCAAAUUGUGCAAUCAAAAUUGCUGUAAGAGAGUUAACCGUAUUAUACUGAAAGUCCUUUAUUAAAUUAUUAUCAUUUGCAAAUUAGGGAUGAAGAAGAUAAAAUUAAAAAGUUAUGUGAUGAAUUAAAUAUACCGAAUAUUUACACCUAAAAAAGAGAGGAAUCGGGAUUGAUCAAAUAUUACGAAAAGGAAAUAGCUAGGGAAUAGGAAAUUUGUAAUCGAUUAUUUUAAGAAUCAAGACAAACUGGAGUCCCUUCAAAAAUUUCAAAAUCAACUUUCACUCCUGAUCCAUUAUAUUUAGAUGACUAUCAAAGAGAACUCAUUCGAAUAGAUAAUGAAAUAAGAAAAGAAGCAACUAAUAUUAGUUUCCUCUCAUCCAAGUUUGAUAAUAGCAUUGGAUUAUCAACUAGUCAUUUAAGGUAUGAAAGUCCCCGUAAAAAUUAAGAAUCUUAUCUUUAUGACAAUUUUUCAGGAUAAAAGGUACAACAUAUAUAUAUUAUUUAGAAACAAUUUGGAUUUUAAUGA